CCCUCUGUGGGUGUGACAAGGUUGGCUCCAUCCCAGCUUACAUCUGCAUAACACACACUGAAUUGUUACUCUUAACAAAAGUUUCAGUUCCUGAAGCAGACAGGCUUCAAAACAGACUCGGAGAUCAACAACUCUCUAGCAAGGUGCCAUACAUGGUUCUGGUCGAGGCAGGACGACAAAAGGAAAGAAGUAACUAUGUCUGGCAAUGAAAAAUGGGCCAUCCUCAGCCCAGAUGACUUUUCCCAAUUACAGAAGUAUAUUGAAUAUUCCAACAAGAAGCUAGAAGAUGUUCUCAAGGAAUUUUAUGGAGGUGGAGUUUUCCAAAAACACCGUCAGGGGGAGUAUGUUGAUUUUGAGGGAUUUCGAUUAUUUAUGCGAACAUAUCUGGAUCUUGAAGAAGCUCCCAGUGAUCUUUGCAGGCAGCUGUUUAUGUUUUUUCAGACCAAAUCACCUGACCCUGGACAACAUACAAAGGUGGACAUCAAUAAGCCAGUUACUGGCCUAGUUUGUAUGAAGGAUGUAUCCUGCUACCUCUCCCUUCUGGAAGCUGGACGCCCAGAGGACAAACUGGAAUUUACGUUUAAAUUAUAUGAUAAGGAUGGUAAUGGCCUUUUGGACAGCUCCGAGGUAGACCGGAUUAUCACACAGAUGAUGCAUGUAGCAGACUAUCUAAGAUGGGAUGUAACAGAACUCAAACCAAUUCUCCAGGAGAUGAUGAAAGAGAUUGACUAUGAUGGGAAUGGCACUGUCUCUUUGGAGGAGUGGAUCAGGGGUGGCAUGACCACCAUCCCCCUUCUUGUGUUACUUGGUCUGGAAGUGGACAUAAAAGAUGAUGGACAGCAUGUGUGGCGGAUGAAACAUUUUAACCGGCCGGCAUAUUGCAACCUGUGCCACAGUCUGUUGGUGGGCCUGCGAAAGCAGGGCUUGUGCUGUACAUUUUGUAAAUAUACGGUGCAUGAACGCUGUGUUCAGAAAGUUACAACAGCCUGCAUUAGCACCUAUGCUAAAUCUAGGAAGGAUGCAAAUAUCCAGAAGCAUGUGUGGGUGGAAGGCAACUGUGAGGCCAGAAAGUGUGAGAUGUGUCAAAAGAAGAUUAAAUCAUUCCAGGGCCUCACUGGACUGUGCUGUGUCUGGUGUCAUAUGAAGAUCCACAACAACUGUCAGUCUCAAGUCCGUGAAAACUGUGACUGUGGUAUUUUAAAAGAUCACAUUCUUCACCCAUCUUCCAUAUGUCCCAUUAUUCUGGAGCGUCAGGACAGCCAGAGGAAUGGUUCUAUGAGUUCACAGAAUGAAGAUACAAGCCAGCUCUCCAGCACUACACCAGAUGGCAAGGUUCUUCGGGUCACGCCAGUUUCAGAUACACACCCGCUGCUGGUGUUUGUCAAUCCUAAGAGUGGAGGCAAGCAAGGUGAAAGGGUACUUCGAAAAAUGCAAUACCUUCUGAAUCCUAGACAAGUCUUCAACCUUUCAAAGGGAGGUCCAGCACCUGGACUUCACUUUUUUCGGGAUUUAACAAAUUAUCGGAUCUUGGUAUGCGGUGGAGAUGGUACUGUGGGAUGGAUACUGGAUGCCAUUGACAAGGCUAAUCUUCCUGUCCGGCCUCCUGUGGCAGUCCUUCCGCUGGGGACUGGGAAUGAUCUGGCUCGUUGCCUGCGAUGGGGGGGAGGCUAUGAUGGUGAGGACCUUAAAAAGAAUCUGAAGGACAUUGAGGCCAGUACCACAGUGCUGAUGGACAGAUGGAGCAUCAAAGUGACUCCAGAUAAUCCAGAUGAAAAGGGGGACCCAGUGCCAUAUGAGAUCAUCAACAACUACUUUUCCAUUGGUGUUGAUGCCUCCAUCGCACACAGGUUUCAUGUAAUGAGGGAAAAAUAUCCAGAAAAAUUCAACAGCAGAAUGAAGAACAAAUUGUGGUACUUCGAAUUUGCCACCUCAGAAACCAUAUCCGGGACAUGCAAGAAACUUAAAGAGUACAUAUCACUUGAGUGUGGUGGUGUUCCAAUUGACCUAAGCACUUAUUCAUUAGGAGGACUUGCUGUAAUCAACAUUCCCAGCAUGCACGGUGGGUCCAACUUGUGGGGAGAAAUAAAAAGAACUUUUGGAGAUAUUUAUAGCCCCUCCACUCAGAAGGAACAGCCCGAAGUCAUCACUGAUCCAGAAAUCCUGAAAUGCUGUGUGCAAGAUCUCAGUGACAAGCGAUUAGAAGUGGUAGGGCUGGAGGGAGCCAUUGAGAUGGGCCAGAUUUAUACAGGACUAAAGAGUGCAGGAAGACGACUGGCAAAGUGUUCUGACAUCACAAUUAGGACCAAGAAGCAUCUUCCAAUGCAGAUUGAUGGAGAACCAUGGAUGCAGCCACCAUGCCUUAUAAAGAUAACUCACAAGAACCAGGCACCAAUGAUGAUGGCUCCUCCUCCACGAUCAUCCAGCUUCUUCUCCCUCAAGAAAAGCGGUCAAGAAUCUUAGCACCUCUAUGAUUCCCAUGGUGCUUCAAUAAUGUGCCAAGAUCAUUAUGGCCAAAGGGACCAUACUGUCCCUGUCCAGCCAACUCCUCCCUGCCUCUAAUAGGAUUUUCAUUGCAGAAUGAUGGUUCUGGUUUUAACUAAUUGAUCUACCAUUGCACUACUGUUUUGAUACAUCCCUAGUAUAGAGUACAUAUUUUUAUUACUUUAAGGACUGGUUUUAAUGUUGUUUUAAAUUUCCUUGGUAAUCUACAUACAGUGUUCACCCUUCAGUUUAACUUUCAUUCUGCCGCAUAAUGGAACCCAACUGAUCCACGAUGACCCCACCAUAUUCAGACCACUGUGGGGAUAAACUCCUUAAUAGGCUUCUUGCAGGCAGCGCUGCUUGUGUGGAUGGACAGUAAUGGUUGGGGUGCAUGAUUUGUGGUUUUGCAGUGGUUCAAGCUUUUUUAGACUCUUCAAUGUCUCAGUCCUGGUCCUUCUGGUACUGGAUUUGUGGAACUGGAGAAACAAAACAACUACUGCCUCUGAGCUAUAGAGAUGAGUCUAUCUGCAGUACAUUCACAGCCCAUUGCAAACUCCAUCAUAAUCAAGUAUGGGAGCCAGGUUUGGGGUUUAGACUCAGAUGACCGCUACAGUGUACUCCCCCCCCCCCUCCCCAGAACCAGUGACUCAGGCAUGAAGCUCCCCAGAACCAGUGACUCAGGCAUGAACACAGAGGCUAAACUUACCAUUUAUUUCCUCAUCAAAUUAUGACUCUUCAUUUGAUAUUUAAAUACAGAGGCAGGUAGCAGGCAGGAGGGAGUAUUAUCCCCUCUCCCAAAAAAAGUUCCUGGUUGAAUUGAUGAACGUUGGCUUCUCAGUAGUUAUGAUAAGGCGGCAGACACCUGACACUGUGUUUGGGUUAUAGGGGAUAGGGAGGUUGAAGUGCUCCACCAAAAAAUUGAGUUAAGUCUUCUGCUGGGGCUAACUCCUGGUACCAUUCCACCUCACUGUGGAAACUGUAUAUAGAUAUUAAACUUAUUAUAAAACUGUCGGUUGUGGAUAUUAAGGGGAAAAUGUAUUUAUUGUAUUAUGCUCUGAUAUGUAUCAUUCUGUCCACUGGUCAGGGAUACCUAUAAGUGCUUUGUUUUAAUAAAGGAUUUUUAAACACAUGAA